AUGGGCUGUGAGGUUGAUCGGGCCUUCAUCCAGGCCGUAGAGCACAGGCCCAAGCCCACGAUCAUCGAGGCGGGCGGAAUUCCGCUGAUUGAUCUCUCGCCGUUAAAUUCUGUCGGUCCCGGUGGUCUGCAGUCCCUUUCGGGCCUCAUCGCGGAGGUGGGGGCCGCCUGUAGGGAUUGGGGCUUCUUCCAAGUGAUCAACCAUGGCGUGCCGUUGGAUCUUCUAGACCAGAUCGGAUCGGCGGCGAAGCAAUUCUUCGCACUGUCGCCGGAGGAGAAGCAGAAAGUGCGGCGCGACGAAGUGAAUUCGCUGGGCUACUACGAUACCGAGCAUACCAAGAACGUGAGAGAUUGGAAGGAGGUUUUUGAUUUUGUUGUCCACGAUCCAACGGUGAUCCCAGCUUCCUACGAGCCUGAUGAUCAAGAAGUGCAGGAGUUGAGGAAUCGGUGGCCCACCUAUCCUCCUGAAUUGAGGUGA